AUGGCUCCCACCGCCACCGCGACCGCUACCACCACGGCCGCCACACCCGCAACUUUUCACAGCAGCCGCGCCGCGCUCUCCCGCUCCCUGCGCAAACCCGCGUCUACGGCCUCGACCCCCGACUUGAGCUCUCUUUACGCCGCUCAAUCGAGGCUCGUGCCCCCGGGCGUGGCUCGCAAGACGUCGCUCGUCGCCCUGACCCCCAGCUCCCUUGCCAGCAUCCCCGAUGUCAGCGAGAGCUACGCCCUCGACUCGGUUCUGAGCGACUCCUCCUACGCCAUGGCGCCCGCCACGCCCGCCAGGCCUGCUGCCGACGAUGUCGCCGUCGGAGAGCCUGUCGAUGUUCCCGGCGGCAUGCACGGCACCGUCCGCUUCGUCGGCUCCGUCGAGGGCAAGAAGGGCACGUUCGCCGGAGUCGAGCUGCACUCGGACUUUGCCGCCAAGGGCAAGAACAGCGGCGACGUUGAUGGAGUCUCGUACUUUGCGACAACUACCCCUGGCGCCGGCAUCUUUGUCCCCGUGGCCAAGAUCGCCCGACGAGGAGCGCCCAAUGGCUUCUUUCCCAUGACGCCCACGCCAAACGCCUACACGCCUUUCAAGAAUGGAGGCCAUUCGACACAUUUCACGCCUCCUACGCCAGCUCUGCCAAAGUUUAGCGCCUCGGUCGGUCCUGGCGCCCGGGCACCAAGCCCUCAGAUCAAGCGGCCGAGAACCUCGCUGCCUCGCCCCGAUUCCCCCCUCCGCCGAACGCAGAUGACGCCCGGGCCUCGGCCAUCCAUUGGAACCCCGGCCAAAGUAUCUUCGCGAUUCGGAAGCCCGACAAACAAGCUGGCGCAGAGCGUUCGUGGCACUGCUGGCGACCCGAGCAAGAAACCACCCAAACCCGAAGGCAAGCCUAGCUUAGGGCCUCGCAGCGCUUCGGCCCUGGGAUCGGCUCUGACCUUCGACGACGAAGCGACCCCGAUGCAUCGCCCGGCCUCGCGCGCUCAUGCCGUCAACGACGACGAGAUUGAUCGUCUCCGUUCGCAGCUUGAAGAUCGUGACGGGCAGCUCAAGGAACAGGCGGCAACAUUGGCCGAGAUGGAGAGCAGCCUCGUCGAGCUCCAGUCGCUCCUCGAGCAUCCGGAUGCGGGUAGGAUGAGGAGGAACAGCAUAGACGACAAGGACUCGGCCCAGCUCCGGCAUCUGCUGCGAGAGAAGAACGACAAAAUCGCCAUGCUCACCGCAGAGUUUGACGCCCACCGAGCAGACUUUCGAAGCACCAUUGACACCCUCGAGCUGGCGAGCGCGGAAACCGAGCGCGUGUACGAAAAGCGCAUAGAGGAGCUCAUGGCUGAACUGCGAGAGCUGGAGUCUAGGAACCUGGACGUGGAUUCCGUCGCGAGCCAACUCAAGCAGCUGGAGGAACUCGUCCAGGAGCUGGAAGAGGGCCUCGAGGACGCUCGUCGCGGCGAGGCGGAAGCCCGUGGGGAAGCUGAGUUCCUGCGCGGUGAGGUGGAGAGGACCCGAUCAGAACUCCGUCGCGAGCGUGAAAAGGGGGGUUCCAGCUCCAACUCGCAGGGGGACGGCGUUGGCGCGUCCAAGGAGCUGGAGCAAAAGGAGGAUGAGAUUCGAGGCCUCAAGGCAAUCAUUCACUCACUCAGCCGCGACCCUAUCCCGGGAGGAGACGGCCGAGUCCCCGGUCGUCGGCCAUCUUCUUUGACUGGCGCCGGCAGCAACCUCGUUGAGGGCAAAAUUGCACGCGACAACCUGGAAAGACAGGUGGCCGAGUUGCAGUCUCUGUUGGACCGGAAGAGCAGCAGGGAGGAGGAGCUGGAGCUGGAGCUCGAGGCGCUUCGAGAUCGUGGGCUUGGUGCGCAAGGGAACUCGAUGCCUGCUCAGCGAUCGACCCAGAGAGAUUCCCGUGACACGGUCAUCCCCGUCGGGUUGCGGACGCCCGAAGCCCCGCGCAAGCGAGGAAACAAGCUCGAUACAAUGCACGAAAGCGACACCCACUCGACGGCCACGGAGACCAGCACCCUCUGGUGCGAGAUUUGCGAGACGAGCGGCCACGACAUCUUGACUUGCACAAACAUGUUUGGUCCCGAGAGCGCUAAGAACGGGGGCGAUAUGAAGACGGGCAACGGCAUGUGGAAGUCGGACGUGCCACUCAGCACCGAAGAUGCCCAGCCAGCACCCCUUUCUCCCGUCAAGACCAAGGUGCCCGUUACGACCACGACACCUACCGUCAAGGCUCUGCCCAAUCCAAUGGAAUCGGGGCCGGUGGCGGGCAAGGAGAGCGGCGUGGUGGACCCGAUGAAGUGGUGCGCGGUAUGUGAGCGGGACGGCCAUGACAGUGUUGACUGCCCGUUUGAGGAUGCGUUCUAG